AUGACUUCGUCUGUUCAAGUUACAGCCCUUGAUCAUCCGUCUAUCGUCCUUCACCCCGCUCGCCAGGCGAAAGCCCCGUUUGACGACCCUGAAGCCGAAAUUAUCCUGAGGUCCUCAGAUAAUGUCGAAUUCCGGGUUUUUAAAUCAUUCCUAGCUUUCUCGUCGAGCAUUUUCAGGGACAUGCUCAGCCUCCCGCAGCCA